AUGAAAGUGGCUGAUGAAGAAAAGAAUCCUUACUUGUUAUCAUGCAAAAAUGGAUUCAUCAGAGGCAAUAUUGUGAGAUAUAUUCAUUUAUCUAAAAAGGAGGUUGAUACUGAACCCUUAACUGAGGCAUGCAAAAAGGAAGCUAAAAAGGACAAAGCCCAAUAAUGA